AUGUCGCUUAUUCCAAGUGUUCUGGGUGGUGACCGACGAAACAGCAUAUUCGUUCCUUUCUCCCUAGACAUCUGGGAUCCUUUCGAAGGCUUUCCUUUUAGCGCCACUCUUUCCAACAUUCCCAGCACUGUUGGCGAAACCUCGGCCUCCACCAACACGCGUAUUGAUUGGAAAGAGACACCAAUAGCUCAUGUUUUCAAGGCGAAUCUUCCAGGGUUGAAAAAUGAGGAAAUGAAAGUUAAGGUUGAAGAGGGAAGAGUCCUUCAAAUUAGCGGAGAAAGGAGUAAGGAGCAAGAGGAGAAGAGCGACAAGUGGCAUUGCGUGGAGAGGAGCAGCGGGAAGUUCCUUCGUAGAUUCAGGUUGCCAGAAGAUACAAAGAUGGAUAAGGUCAAAGCUAGCAUGGAGAAUGGAGUCCUGACUGUGAUGGUUUCGAAAGAAGAGGUGAAAAAGGUUGAAGUGAAGGCCAUUGAAAUCUCUGGCUAA